AUGCUCGCCGCACAUCUUAAAGUCAUCUCGUUGCCCUCAAUAUGUGGCUUCCUCUUCCGCAUCGCCUUUUGGCUCCUUCCCUCCUUCGUCCAAAAGCGUCUCCUCCACGAACCCUCGAAACCGGAGAAGUUAUACCCGACAUCAUAUCUCGAUGGCAUACGCGGCCUUGCGGCGCUCUUCGUCUUCUUCUGUCAUUUUUCCUACACCAGCUUCGUCAUCACGCGCGGCUACGGCCACGGCGCCGAAGGCGAGAACCAGAACCUCCUCCAGCUCCCUAUAAUCCGCCUCUUCUACUCCGGACCGCCCAUGGUGUGCCUCUUCUUCGUCGUAUCCGGGUACGCUCUCUCCCUGAAGUCGCUCAAGCAGAUGCGAGCCCGGAACUUCUCCGGCCUCCUCAACACCAUGGCUUCGAGCAUUUUCCGCCGAGCCGCUCGCCUUUUCCUCCCGACAGCCAUCAGUACCUUCAUGGUAGUCAUAAUGCUGCGGCUAGGCUGGUAUGAGCGGACUCGUGAGUUCUCCGGGGACCGCACGUUUAUGCGUAAUAUCGUGGAGCACCAUCCUGCCCGACUACCGACAUUCGCAGAUCAGUAUUACGACUGGGGAUGGAAGCUGUUCGACUUCGUACACAUAUGGUCCUGGGAACCGUUCGGUGGCUCCAUCAGUUACGAUCUGCAUUUGUGGACCAUCCCGGUGGAGUUUCGUGCCUCGAUGGUGUUGUUCCUCGUCUUGAUCGGAGUGAGCCGGACGCGCGCCUGGGUCCGUCAGGUGUUGUAUUUCACGCUUUUCUACUACUUUCUCCGAUGGGAUCGUUGGGACAUGAUGCUCUUCAUUUCCGGUACAAUGAUCGCCGAAUUCGACUUGAUCCGAGCCGAAUCCCGAUCCCGCUCCCCUUCUACCUCCACCGAUGUUGCUCCCAAUUCGACGCAAUCCGAUAUGCCGCCAUCCUACGAAAAUCAAGCAACCCUUAUAUUUGGACAUAUUCUCGCGUUCGUAGCGCUUUACCUCCUAUCCCAGCCUGACGACUCCGCUGAGGAGACUCCUGGAUGGGUGACGUUAGCCUCCUUAAUCCCCGAAUAUUUUACCAUAAAAUACCGGUUCUGGCAAUCCAUUGGAGGCAUCUUAUUCGUCUUUGCUCUUUCCAUAUGUCCGCCACUGCAGCGACCAUUCAACCAUCCUGCCAUUCAGUACCUCGGGAAGAUUAGCUAUGCGCUGUAUCUAAUGCACGGGCCUGUCUUGCAUGUGGUAGGCUACGUCGUCCAGGAAUGGGCGUGGCAUGUCACUGGCUGGGAAACACAAGGCCAGUAUAUCGGAGGCUUCUUGCUCUCAAGCGUUUUCAUCAUCCCAGUAGUGAUCUGGGCUGGGGAUGUGUUUUGGAGAGGCGUCGAUGUUUACUGCGUUAUGUUUGCGAGAUGGCUAGAGAGCGUGUGCUUUAUCAAAGGGUAG